UGUCUUUCGCACUACUAUUUCUACCAGACUGUGCAAGCGUUGUCAGCACCAAGGGUGGAAUUCCACCUGGCGGGCGAACACCUUUGAGCUUUAAGCAUGGACGCGUUAAAAUCAGCCGGAAGAGCAAUAAAAAAAAGUCCAGGAGUUCCACGGCACACAUGGGGAACCUCCAAGCACGAAAAGCUUCCAGAGAACUGGACGGACACUAAGGAAACCUUGUUGGAGGGCAUGGUAUUCAACGUGAAGUACCUGGGCAUGACGCUGGUGGGCCAGCCUAAAGGAGAGGAUAUGGCAGCUGCUGCCAUCCGGAGAAUUGUCACCACGGCUCGUGCCAGUGCAAAGAAGUUCCGGAAGGUGACCCUGACUGUAUCUCCUAAAGGAAUCAUCAUUACGGACACAGAGACCAGUGACCUCAUUGAGGAUGUGUCUAUUUACAGAAUCUCCUACUGCACAGCUGAUAAAGCUCAGGAUAAGGUAUUUGCCUACGUCUCACAGAGUCAGUUCAGUGAAACCCUGGAGUGCCAUGCCUUCCUCUGUCAAAAGAAGAAAAUUGCCCAGGCAGUCACCCUUACGGUAGCACAGGCUUUUAAAGUGGCUCUCGACCUCUGGGAAAUUGCACAAGAAGAUAAAAGUAAAAAGGCUCGCACAUGCUGCUCCUGUUCAGGAAGUGACCCUCAGGGGGAAAGCAAACCUCACUGUGUCUCAGAGGCUGAAGAGGCCCAGGCUUUGAUGGCGCACAAGCUGAAGAAGCCCUUCUUUCUCUCAUCUCUCUAUUCUCCGUCCCCGCACAGCAACCCUGCCAGGAGACGGCCGCUCAAACACGACUCCUGGGACACAGAAGAUGGCCUCGAUGACACAUUCUCAAGGUGUGCUACCAGCAGUGUCCAGACGGUGUUUGAGGAUACAGCUGAAUCCACUGCAAGAGGAUCUCAUAUGUCGCAGCAAUGA